GAACAAAUCAGAGCCAGCCACAGGGGAGGAGGGCUUUGCGUUGUGCCAUCCUUUUGGUUAAAACUGGGGGGCAGAAACCAUUUAUUUGUGCUGGGAUUCUUUGAAUUCUAAAGAUUGAUGUUAUCAGCACUGUGCUGGAGGACACUGCUACAUUAGCUGUUGUUACAGCACCCUCAUUCACCUUCAGAUGUGGCCUGCUAAACGCUGGUGGGAGCACAGGACACCAGCCUAAGGGACUGCAUUACAACAAUGGCUCUGCGCAAAGCACAGGACAGGAAAUCCUUGGUCUCUGCUGAAGCAAGAAACAAACAUGAUUUCUGCCUCAGACCAUUUUGAAGGUGACCUGGGAAAAUUAGAUCAGGCCACACAGAGUAAGCCUGAAGAGUAAAACCACAGCUGAGAGGCUGGAAACAGCACACAAGCAACAUACUGCCCUUCUCUCACUAAGCUAGGUGCAGAGUGCCCAGCAACCCAUCCGUGGCUUUCUUGUGUUGCGUUCAGUUGGAACUCAGAUGUGUGGAUCGACACCCCUUGCAAAGUAGACAGUAUGUGAAAGAGUGUAGUAGUAGGGCUCUUUUGGCAGCUGCAGUUUCACCCCAAACAGCCACAGAGAGGGAGCAGAGAAUGUACCCUGUGGUGUACAGCACGAACAGGCUCCGCUUCCCACACAGCGACAGUCCUGAGGCUGAAAUGCAUCACCGCAAAUGUGAGCCUCCAGUCCACUGGAUCUGCUUCAGAGAAAUAGACUCAGCACAUUUCAGCCAAUCUGUGAAUAAACCCAAGCUUGUACCUCUCCGCAGGGUCAUGCUGUACUAACAUCAUCCAGUAAUGAGAGCACCAUACGCUCUCUGCAACUGCAGGCUGCAAAUAUUGGGAAAGCAUUACUAAAAGUCAUGAAAAAGCAACUAGGGUUUUUGUUGUUCAGGGAGGGUGAAGGCUUUGGAGUGGCUGUACCAAAACACCAGUGUCGGCCAGACAGCCCAGCUGGUUACUGGCAGCUCCAAUAGGAAAUUAAAGGGGCAAACAUUACUCCUGAUUUACAGCAACCUGCAUCAGCUUGCCAGCCUAUCUUUCAGAAAUGUUUCGGCCUUUGAGUUUUUCAGUAAUCUUAUGAAACUUCUGAGGCUGUUUCCAGAAGGAGACACAAUUUACCCAUUCAAAUCAUCCUGGCUUUUACCUUGGACAAGUCAUUACUGGAGGUAGUAGAGAUGCAGUGAUCCUACAAUCCUUGUGCCCAGUGCAGACAGCCUUAACACAGAAAAACUGAAUUUUAGGCAAGCUCGUCUUCAAGUAGGAGCAUAGGGGUAGCAAGAGUUUCUCAUGAAUGUAGCAUAUCCAAGAGCUGUUUAGUGCUACAAUAUGGUAAAUGGGGAUUCUUGUCUCAAGAGGGAGUGAAAAAUAUCAGUCCUGAAUGGAGGAAGGAGUUACAGACUGUCAGAACGGAUCAUUGGUCAACUAUGAUGGCUGAAGUACAUUGCAGAAGAUGACACUAGCAAUGAUGUUUGAUGUAAGGGCAGUAGCCUGGCAGGGAGCUAGAGAGAUUCUCAAAUUGGGCAUGCUGUUGCAGUAACAAAUAGCAUGGAGAUGUGGUAGAUGGACCAGCUUUGACUGUCCUUGAGUCAUACUACUGUCUGACUCAUAUGCAGUGUGUCUGAUUCUUUACCAGCUCAGGUUGGGUUAAUGGGUGUAAGGAUGCACUUGGCAGCUGAGAACACAGGAGUACCCAUCAUCUCCAAAGGGACCGGUUUUGCAGCUGAACUUCUCUGCUCACAGCCAAAAGCCCCCACAUCUUUGCUGAGACUAGGGCUGGAGGGGAACCGACUUCCCUUUGCUUGCUUGCCAAGAGCCAAGUUCAGGUCCCUUAGAGCUCUACAGUGCUCUCGCUCCAGCGGAUGACUUCAUGAACACCUACUGUCGGGAGGAACACAGCUCCCUGCAUGGCUUUAAAUGUUUGUGUUUCCCUGCAUAUGCCGAUGACAUCAUUGCCACCUGAGGGCCCGAACUCUGGUCUUGGCAGUUACAGACAAAAAUAAGGCCACCCUGCCUUGGGGCCUGCAUGACGAUGUACAUCCUGAAAGAGUCAAGGCUCUUGCCUUGACUGUCAAGUAAGGUCUGAGCCCUGCUGGCUGGCCCACAGACUUGCUAUGAAGAAGUUAGACAUUUUUGAGGCUUCUGAGGCCUGGCAGCCUGGAACAUCAGUGGAAGCUGUGGAUGGCCUGGGACAGCCUGUGCAGAGAGGACUUGCUGCACCCAAGGAUAAGGAGUACCUCAAGCUGGACGCCUGGCAGCUGGAGCCGUGCUGGAACGCUGUCCCUGGAGGAGCUGCGGUGCCUGCUCUGGAAACACACCCCCUCCACGGGGCACGUGGAUGAAGUCUGGCCAAACCUUUACCUGGGAGACCUGCACAUCGCUCGUGACAAAGAGCAGCUGAGCCGAAUGGGCAUCUCUCAUGUUGUGAAUGCCGCUGCCAGGCGAUCUCACAUCAGCACUGGACCUGAGUUCUACAAAGACCUGCCUGUGGAUUACUACGGAGUAGAAGCUGAGGACAACCCAAACUUUGAUCUCAGCAUUUACUUCUACCCAGUUGCUCAACACAUAAAAGCAGCGUUGAAUUCCCCAAGAGGCAAAGUACUAGUUCACUGCGGAAUGGGAAUCAGUCGAUCUGCAACUCUUGUCCUCGCUUUCUUAAUGAUCUGUGAAGAUAUGUCCCUUGCUGAUGCAAUUCAGACUGUGCGCUCACACAGGGGGAUCUGCCCCAACUCCGGCUUCCUCAAGCAGCUUUGGGAGUUGGACCUCCAGUUAGGAAGGAGGCAAGGCAGAAGAGCAGUGCUCUGCUAGUGCCAAGGGGACAUGGCUCCUGGCACCAUACUGAGAGAUGCUGCCAUCACUGAAGACAAUGCAAGGAUGCUGUCAAGACUACUCCAUAGCUGCUGCACUGAGAAAUACCCUGGGAGAUGGCUGAGCAUGUACAAGCUCAUAGGAGUUUAGUAUGUGUUUUUUGGAUAAGCCUACUAAUUAGAGAGAAAAUGAAAUAAAAAAGGAUUCAAACUGGCA